UAAUUUAUUUAUUUAUUAUUAUUAAACUAUUAUUAUUAUUAUUAGUAUCGUUAUUUAAAUAAGGUUUUGUAGAAUAAAGUUCUUGGAAAAAAUCAUUUCUGAAGUGGCUCAGUUGCUUGUGCGAAGUGUCUGUAUUUUUACACUGGCAACUCGCUAGCUUUCUUAAAAGGCCUAAUUUUCACACAAGGUUUUGAAAGUCAAGGCCAGUUAGCGGAAUAGUCGUAAGACGUAGCACAUAAUACGUGGAAUAUUGGUCGUUUUAUUGCAGUAGGAGCACGGAAUAAUCAACAGAUAUGUGCCCGAUCAGGUGGAAUAUAUAAAGUGGCAGGCUAUUUAUGAUAGCAGGCCUGCACCCUCGCCGAGAUCAUAGAUGGCCUGUGUCCAAUCAUGUAGACUGUAUAUCAAUUGUAUACGCGAUUGUUCAUAUACGUAAAUCGGGCACGACACCUGCAAACGCAGAUUUUCAAAGAAAGACUCCUCGAAAUUGAAUGUAACGGUAAUUUGUCAAGACAAAUUGACCGGAAUGUAAAACAAGUGCGCGCCUUAUUAUGUCCUGCAGUAAAAAGUACGCAGCCAGUUAUUCCUGUAUUAAGCCAUUGGCUAUAUAUAUACUUCUACAAAAUUAUGCUCGAUAAACAGAUGGUACGUAUUAGCGGGCACGCUACAGGUCGGAUAUUGACAUCUGUGCACGAAACGGUUCGUCGAAUGAUAACAUUAGAUUAGUUAUCUUUGAUUGUUUGUUUUAAUUGGAUAAUAUUUACUUAGAAUAAGGAACCGAUGUAAACAAGUUCAUUGGUUUAGCGUUAGAAACAAAAAUGGUAACAAACGCCGUCGGCGGUUAGUCUAUCUAAACUAUAAUAAAUAGAUGUACCCUUGUACCAAAUGGCUCUAAGGCACUGACAUUAAACAAUAAUCAUCUUAGAACAUCUUCCUUAGGUAGACAAGUAUAGACGAUGUUCAUCCUGCUCAAAACGGUUGUUGCGGACGUCUGUUCUAUACAGCCUCAACUCGCUUACGUCAUAGGAAGCCUCGUAUAGGGUGGUUCCGUUAACAGAUUUUAAUUACAUAUUGGUCAUUGUCAUUCUGUUUAUUGUGAAACUUGCUAAUUUUUAACAGCACUACCCGUGAUGACUUCGACGAUAUAUAAAUACAUUUUUGAAAGAUUUAUAUAUAAAACGUCUUUGUUUUUAGGACUAUAACAGCUCGCGUUUGCCAAAAAUUUCUAAUUGUUGUUCACAUAUCUUUUGCUAUUCAGUGUUUAUUGCAAAGGAACAUCUGCAGCGACACUGCUUCUACAAUAACUGCCUUAUGUAUAGUGCAUAUAGCAAUAUGUUAUCUGCAUACACACAAAAAUAAUAAAUACGAAUGAAUAGGUGCAUAGAAACCUAUUUUCUUUUUUGACAGAAAACACGUGCUUGUAUAUAUGGGUGUGCCCUGUCUACUUACGUAUGCCUUAUCAAGUCGUGAAUUGGGCGAAAAUUUAAGCUCAGUUGCCUCUGUUCUACGGCUACGAGGUGGAGGGACGUGUCUAUUAUAUACUUUUGACUACAUCUACUUGUAUGGAUAUGUACCCAGAGCUAUAAACUAUAAACAUUUCCAAGGCAACGCAAUUAAAUGUAUCUCCAGCCUUGCGUUCAUUUUCUGCCACAGGCGGACUCACUUGUCCUAUUUAUUCAUAUAUAUAUAUAUACGUUACAGUUAAGCUGUCGCAGCCUCGUUGUACCGUUUAUUCCCUCAUUACAAGUGGAUACGAGCAUUCCGAGCAGUCGCCUAGACCCUACAUGGCUCAAACAAGUCCUACCUCUCCCCUGAUGGAUCGACGCAUCUAGCCUUUCUAAUAGCCCUUAUCCAUCCACGAGGCGGGACAUUUUCUGCCUUGCCGCCCGUCUCUCGACGAAGUGCUUCGCGACGACGAUGACAACGGCUACUAUUGCUAUCGUCAUCGAGAUCGUCGCCGAUGUCAGCCUGCGGUUAACAAUGACAGCGAGCAUACGACGAGAUGAGACAGGCCAUCUGUUUCCAACCUCGGGUAUACGAUCUGGUGACAUCAUCGUAGGACGCAUUAAACGGGCUAAAUUUAUCCACGGCUCCCCAGGGCCAACAUUCACGCGAGUAUAGUAUAUGACACCUGUGAAGGCCGUUGUAAUCGUUGGCGGUCCGCCAACUGGGACAGUCCUUAAUUCAGUGAUUUCCUCUCGCCACGAGCGGCAACAGGACUCUCUACUUACCGGAGUGGACCAUUAUUUGCGUUGAUAUCGGCCCUUAGACUGACUAGCUUAUUGUUCACUCAGGCUUGCCUUUUUAACAUCCAUUCCCUUCAACUGUAGCUAAGAUUCCCCUGUCACAGGUGAAUCUUCUAUCAAUCUUGUUACGCUCAGUUGCGUAUCACCUUAACAAAUGUAUGGAAGCAACUAAUACAACGUUAAGUUCACGCGAAGAUUCAGCCUAUUUCAGGAACGUGUUUAUAAUGAAUCGAUGAUGCGUUCGGAAAACCGACAGAGAGUCCAUCUUCGAUUCAUUCGGCCUCUAAACAAGAGUGUCGAUGGAUCGGGUAUCUUCUUGAUUCUGUUGCCCUGCAUGCAUUUCCUGCGUCUCUAUGCAAUUAAACUAACGUCACAAAAAGAAAAAUCGUUAUACACAUGUCUGGAAUGGUCUAUCCGCAUAAUUCUGUGGCUGGCUUUACUGUUCUAUGGAGCUGUUGGAGUUCUCAGCCUAUUUACGUUGUUCGCUCAUGCAAAAAAAGGUACAACAUUACUGUCGUCCGAAGGGUUACACAUGAUCGUUGCCUAUGAGACUGUCAUUGUCCUCUUUGGACGAAUAUUCUCGCUUCGGCGUCGGCAACGUAUGAAUGAGUAUUUGAUUCGCUUAGAAAAAUCAACUCGAUCAAAGGAGCUACCUGUUUUGAGAGUCUAUAGAGUUCUAUUGUACGUGCUACUGACAUUGUUAUUUAUUCACUCAGCGUGCCUCACGUUCACAACAUCAAUGCUACAAUAUAAAGUUAUCGCUUCGGAGAAAAAAGUUAUUUCAUUACCUGCCGGAAACGCGGGCGCCGGAGAAGAAAAGGUCGCGGCGGCUGCGGGCGGCGCCCCACCAAUUGGUGGCGCUGACGACCGUUUACAGAAUGGUGACGUAAUAGGCAUAAAGAAUACGGGACUAGAUGUUUUGCCUGAUUCCAACGUGGGCCCUGGACUAGAAAGCGAGCCCGAGGUAGGAGGAUUUAGUGUUCUUACGGAGAACGACUUAAAUUCAGGUAGUCUGAAUGUAAAAAAUGAUGACAAGAUACAGGAUUCUCCUCUCGACUUUAGCUCAAUGAAGAAUCGUGAUGCUCAUGAUAACCGCCCAGCAGAAGAUGACCCAGGCGCACAAAUGAAGUCUAGCAUAGAUAUCGAUGGUAUGGGCGAUGAAUAUGCUGUAAAAGAUAAAUCCGAUGAAUUCGGCCGGCAACGACGACGCAAACGAGAUUAUCCGGACGAUGUGGUCGAGCUCGCGCGUCCGGCAGCCGUCAUUGAAAUGUCAAUUACUGCUCAGACAAUCGAAGAAGAUGAACAAGAAAGCUUUCCGCUCAGUUUCGCUUUAACGGAUGACGAUGAAAUACUUCCAAACAGUAGACAGGCUGCCAAUAACGGGAACGUGCUAUCGAUCGUUAGAGGCAAUCGAUUGUCUCGGGCUCGACGCGGAUUGAUUGAUACGGCCAUCGACGAUUCCAUUGAUAACGAUGACAUCAAUUUUAUUGAGUUGUUUAAACCAUUUUCGCUCAUCAUUAAUGGUAUCAGAUAUCUGCUCAUCAAAAAUAUCAUAUAUUUAAGCGCCAUACUUGUAAGCUGCUUUUGUGUGAUUAUAUGUCAGACAUUGAUUCAGAUCAAUCAACAGUUGAGCCACAAGAUAAUAGUAGCGAAACUCUCAACCGAGCUUUUGGCAGACAUCCGCCAGGCAUACGCGCAGUGUAUCUCACUACUGGGAAACGUUGAACGUAACUUCAGUUUCUUUUGCUUCCUUUGGAACUGGCUGGUUUUUCUAGAAACUCUCCAUAUCAGCCGUAUGCUUUAUGAGAUAAACGCGACAAGCUUGUACGAGCUGCCAACAUCUAACACGGUACUCUGGACGACGUUUCACAGUAUAGUGCUGGUGCUCAACCUCGUUUUAACCCUGGCCUUUCAGACGAUCCUUACCGAGGCCGCCGCAUCAGCGCGUAUGCAGGCCCUACAAACUGUCGAUCUAGUGACUGUCGGAAUAGCUAGCGUUCCACCAAAUCGGAUUAAAGCUCAUCAGCAGGCUGAAUUGCUGGUGUCAAUCGCGACCAUUCAGGAUCCAGGGCUUACAGCAUGGGAUAUAGUUUCGUAUAGUCGCACUCUUGGGUACUCGAUCCUUGGCAUCGCCUACAUUGUGGUCCUUGCCCACAUUCAAUUUCUACGGGACGGAAAAUGGCGUACUGUGUUCGGAACCAUUCUUCAGAGGCAAGAUUCGUUCCGCAGCGAGUUCAAUGAACGUUGAUGAUGUUGGCAAGAGCAAAAAUGUGGAUCUGGACCCAGGCGCAAGUGCCCGUGCUCUGAGCGCCCUCCGUUCUCAUGGAGUUCAGCCUCAAAUCAUCGAUUGGCCCCAAGGAAGCAUCAUAGUUUUAUACGAUUUCUUUUGAUUUUUACUUGAUUGGUUUCCAGCCUUAAGUUAAUCAGAUAGCAGGCGUGAGCUAUAAAACGGCACUUCAGUGCUGACAUAGACCACCGGCAAAAUCAAGAAAAUACAAGAAACAUCUAUUGCAUAAGCAAUAGUAUAGGCUAUUCAUAAAAAUCUAACACACAUAGCUAUACCAUUAUAUAUUACGAUUGCUAUAGUUACCUUCUGCCCAACUGAAACCAUAAGUAAAGGAGGGUCUAGGGAGAAGGCCAAAUUUUUAUCGAGUUACUGAAGGCUAACUAUUUGAAAUACAUUAUACGCAAUCGUAAAUGUUUACGUCUGAUUAAUUAUAAUUAAUGGACUUAAACAGAUCGGGCUUACUAUAAUAUGAACUGAAACGUAGAUCAGAGGAUAAUCUGCGUAUUAGAUACUUGUAAUAAAGCCUAUAGAUUAGUACGUAAUUGUAGCCUAUGAAAAAUGACAAUUUCGACUGUUACAAUAUAAGACAACAAACAUAAAACUUGUUGUUCGACUUCUUUAUACAGAAUACAUUUUAAUUUACAUUAGUAAAAGAAAAAACUUGAAUUACUUUUAAACAAUUCCUUCUGAGCAAUCAAUAUGACAAAGAUAAAGCUUGCCCUGCAGCAAGAACGAUAUUAGUUUAGAAAACACCUAAGCACACUCAAAAACAGACGUUUUCCCUUUUGUAUGUUGUGGGGCAUGUUAAACGACAAAUAAGUAAUAUUUCUCUAAGUAGAAGUCGUCAUUUUGCUGCCCCUUGCAGCAGCUCUUUAUUUGUUCGAGUAAUUUUUGACUAAUGUAUUAGUAUUGUUAGAUAUUAAUAGUAGACAGAAAAACGAAUGGGUCAUACAUGUAUACAUAUAUGCACCAUUUCGGUUGCCACCUGAACGGAUAAUUGUGGUAAUCUUUUCCUCCAUUAAACAAGUUAGAAAUUACUGCGAAAACUGAAUUAGGUGAUUGUCUGAUAGUGUAAGAUUCGGGCUAUACGGUGGAUUCAUCCGAACGUUCAUCGAAGUCCCCUUAAUUUUUUCCAGGUAGCUAAAGGCGUAUGUGGUCUGAAGUUACACCGUACAUGCUAGUAUGCGGGCAGCUGAAGAGUUACGAAAGGUUUCAUUUUGCCUUCAGUUAUCGGUCAUGUAAAAUGUAAAACACAAUUAACUGUCGAAUAGAUAGUGAAAACGAUGUGAAUAAGAAGCUAUCCGACAGGUAGAUUACCUCGCAAAUAUAUGUAAUAGUUGGCUAUGUCAUCAGUACAGUAAAAUCAAUGAAGUAAAUACCACCUAAUAACACUUACUUUGUUCAGUACCCGUUUGUCUAAGUGUAUUCAACGGCACUAACAAAUUUCUCCCAUUGACAAGUUGGAUCGAAUUCUAUUCGUGGGAUGUAUACGGGCUUGUGUCACAGACCUGGCAUCCGACUUCGGUGAGGAUAAAUAUAUUCCGACCGCGUCGCUAUAUAACGUGUACAUAGCAAGCGCCAAAACGAACGCAAAUAUCCAGCGUUGUUUACUUAUUUUUUUUAAUAGCAUUGUUGAUAUGAUAUGGGCUUUUAGCGUAACUACGGCAGAUAUGCAAAUCUCUAUGAAGAUAGCAGUCUGACCAAGCCAAAGCUGGAUUAUGCCGGGGUGCACACUAUAGAGUGACAGCUGUGCGACUCAACGAUAUAGCAGCAAAAUGCCAGAGCUGACCGUUUGAGAAAAAUGAAACAAUGAUGAAAUGUGUGACAAUUUACGCUGCUUUUCGAUUUAGUUUGUUCGAGACUAUUUUAAAAUGAAUUUUCCACGUCAACGAAAAUUCAAAUCCAGACAAACGAACUGCACGACAUUUGGAUGUGAAAAUAAUGUGGCCUACGACUCAGGACUCGUUAAGGCGUGCGUAAGCUAUCUAACGUUUUUCUCAGUCGGCGUGGCUUCAUAUAGCUGCUCGUAUCUUAGACGCUAUCUGGCGCGUCUGUUCAGGACAUUGCUUUGGACCAUCGUGUUCGGCUACGCGCUAAUUAGAACAACAUAUUUCCUGUUUCUGCUCAGUUACUCAGGCCCGAUUCGAGUACUGUCCCUUGACGGAUUCAAUGAUGCGGCGCACAUAGCGUGCUGUCUUAUACUUCUCUUACAAGGUUACCCAACAGUGCAGCUGGACGACCGGAUCAAUGCCCUGUCAAGCGAUCGCCGACGUCAGCCCAUCAAAAGACGUAUACGCAAUAUUGUGUUCCGUCUGUUCCUACUUUUUACAUUGCUUUCAUCGUGUUCGAUGAUGUUCUUCUAUUCCGAUGUUGAUUUGUUCCUUCCGCCGCCGGCUCCGCGAUAUGUUACCACGACGGAAGCGACGCCGACAAAACGAAAUAAUAUAACCGCUAGUAGAAGUGGCCCACCGGAUGUUGGCAGUUGGUUUCGGCGAAGAUGGUGUUAGAGGAGGUGCAGGGAUGGGAGAAAAAGGUUUAGACUCACUUGGAGGAGGUUUUGGUGCGAGUCGCUUUGGAAGUGGGGAUGGCCUGAGAGGAGGUGGUCAUAAUAGACAUGGGAAAUUCUCAGGCGGCGGUGCUUCAGCAAGUAAAGGACCUUUGCUAGGAGCAGGAAAACAAAAAGGUAAAACUGGAUCUGUGACGAACUCUCUAAGCCAUGAUGAUACCGUCGAGAUCAGAGAAAACUUCCUUGAAAACAUUGCUGCGGGCAAAAGCUUUUAUGGCUCCAGAGACAUUGCCGAUGGUAAGCUUGUUCAGAAACUUGAAAGCGGAGAUAGCAAUGUCGAGCAAGGACAACCUGGAGCUUAGAAAGAGCCAAGUGAUGACUUUGUCCAAACAAAACGUAAGAGUAAGGAAAAAAGUAAUGAAUUUUUUAAAGAUCUUUCCAGUGUUGACACCGACCCAAUUGAUGAAUAUACAGAAUUGCUGGAAAACCGCAGAGUGCACAUUACCGACGGAGCCGAACCUAAAGCGAGAGAAGCUGCAGGAUUUCCCGGUAAGCGACAACCUGAGGGUGCGCAUUUCAGGCGAAAUUAAGAGUUAAUUCAUAUGACUAAUGCUAUCCUUUCACGUACUGCGGGCUCUCAUCAACACAAUAAUGAAAAAUAAGGGGCAAACGAUCGUGCAGAAAACAGCGAACACGUUAAUUAUGAACCGGGCAGCCAUGAUUCGAAUAAAUACAAUCAAGAUGAGUCCAAGGAUUUUGAUUACGACCAGAAAUAUGGCGCUGCUGCUAAUAGCGACAAUCGAAGAGUUUACUUUAUGAGUCAACGGUUGAAGUCUGCUGAAUCGUUCCAAGAGCAUAAUCCAAUGGAAGCGUUAGAAGCUGGAAACAAAGAAGAUGAUACCAGCAAGAAAAAAAACCGUCUUAAACAUCUAGGUAGGGUUUACGGCCGCUUUUCCCGAAUAGGAAACAUUAGUAUACUGACUCGCGAUUUGAUCAGUCUUGUUUCGUAAAGACUAACCAUCAUAGAAUAUGACAUUUUAUAGAAGUAGUUUACACCUUCGGUUCAAAGUGAUGGAUAUAGUAUACACAUGUCUCGUUGCUAACAACUAUGGAGAUUUUAGCUACAUACUCAUCAUAAGCGCGACUUAGUUCCUGUCACAGAGGACGAAGUGCAAAAUUCAACGUCGUAUCGCGUCUUAGGCGUGCUGCGCGCCCGCGCAAACAUCAUCAGUUUUACGCGAUGGGUCAUUUUAAGGAACUUCGUUCUUCUGUCGUAGGUUGUCGUUUAUAUGUCACAUGUAUAGAACAUUUGUCGCUUAUUUUCUCCAAUGAUACAUCGUUAAUAUAGAUAGCGUUAAUUGGCUAAUACAUAUUUUACGUGAGCGCGUCAUCAGGGAAUGUACUUUUGAGAGUCGAAUAUUUGAGUAGACACAUUGAUGAACUCAGUACCUGUAAAAUAGGCACAAAAAUCUAAUUGACAUGUGAAGUUCUGAUUCAGACCUUUGCCUAGAAUCCUCCAAGGCAACCUAAAGCGAUAAAUCGAUGAUGACUGUGAAUAAAAACACGGUAUAACUAAUAUCACAUUCAAAUUUGCGUUUUGACUUGGAAAAAAAAG